AAUUGAAUGCUUGUAUAAGGUUACACAAGCUACUUUUGACCUGCAAUAGCAGGUUUUUCCAGUUUUUUUUAAAAAAUAAAAAAUACAGAUUUAUUAAUUACAAUAAUUAACCUGUGAUAAUUUUAAUUAAGUUAAAUGGAUCUACUAAACUUGAAUUUUCCAGAUUCCAGAAUACAUCAUUCAUCUUCAUCUCUCUUUCUUCCCUCAUGACCCACUACGAUGAACAACGACCAGGUCUUGCACAACUCCAUAUUGUCCCUCAACCUCCCCUCCAUCUCAACCAUGCACCGCCGGACCUCCGUCGUGGAUUCCGGUAACAACUAUCGUGAAGUUGCAAGAACCAAAAAAAAAUUCAGAACCAACCCAGAAAACCCAAAAAAAAAUUCAAAAGCCAUAGACCCAAACAGAUCUGCGAAGGCCUCUUCUACUAUAGUCGCCACCUCCUCCAUCCCCCACUUGCAACCGAAACCGAGAACCCAGAUCUACAAACGAACCCAGGAACCAAACCAAGAACCAAAGGGUGUUGUGGUUGCCAGAAAAUGCGCCGACGGAGGAGAAGCAGAGAGGGAAAUUUGCUGUGACCCAUCACCAACAGAUAUCAGAAACCCCCAUCUCACCCUUCAACAAAACCCCCCAAACCACUAUCAAACAGAGAGACAGAGAGGAGAUGAAGGAGAAAACCCAACCACCACAGAUCCAAGCAAAUCCCACCGUCCUCCUAUUCCACCGCUCCUCAUCGUGUCAAGAUCGUGGAGUAUCAGACCGACGUUGCUCUCCCCUUUCGUUCUCAAUCCACUUCGAUUCACAGGGCGAGUUUGGAUCUCGUUCAGCAGCCAUGGGUCGGAUCUAGAUUUGGGGUCAUCAAAGAUCUGAAAAAUAGAAGAAGGUUGCAAGAUAGAGCUUGGGGAAGAAGAGAGGUUACACACAGAGUUAAAUGAUAAGAAAUAAUAUAUUUUUUUAUUUAAAUUUCUCAUAAUCUGGUGCUUGUUGGGUCUGUGGUGGCUAUGGAGGCCUUGGCUUGGUGAUUCAAUUUUGGAAUAAUAGCAAAUGGGUUCCAGGUUGUUCUAGAAUAAUGAAGAUGAUAAUUAAUAAUUUGUUUAUUUUCAGUUUUUUCUGUUGUGGGAGAAUAAAGAUGAAGAAAGAGUGAUAUAAUUGAUGGUGAAUAAAUUUAAUUAAGGAUAAAUUUUUUUUUUUGAAAUUAAUUAAAAAUAAAUGUUUAAUUAAGAAAAUAUGUUUUUUGAUUUUUUUUUUAAAAACCUAUUAUAAUGGGUCAAAAGGCCAAUGUGCACCCUUGCACCACUUUUUACUUGUGUAGGUUAAAUUUUUCCAGAAAAGUGUGAAGGGUUUUACAUGUUGGUUGUUCUGCCAUGGCAGUUGUCCACCGGCUGAGAAGAAGCCACUCUUUGACAAACCGU